AUGCCCAACGCUGCAGGAAGUGCUCCCAAUCCUGUGAAUCAUUCUCGUAUUCUCCUUGGUUCGCUCGGGAAGUUCUGGGGAGAAUCAUCUGGCCCAAGCACUGGACACAAAGAGCUGAGCCUCAUCGCUGAAGGACUUUUUUUCUUUGAAGCGACUCCAGCUGAACAGGAUACGGGACAACGACAAGGGGGAUGGAUGUCUAUGAUGAACGGUUUCGACGAAAUUUUUGUUUUCCUCCUCCCUCCACCAAAGAAAUUCUAUGAAGUCUUCGCGAGUUCACAUUAUGAGAAGGCCACUACACCCAAACCAAUGCUCUUCUAA